AUGGACAUCCCCAAUGACUACACACUUCUCCUCGAAUGCUACCAAAUUGAAAAGUGGCCCAAUGUCCAUGGAGGACAUCUCUUUGAUGUCUUCAAUUUUCUACAUUGGAGCCAUGUUGGGAGCUCUUCUUGGUGGUUCAGUGAAGCUGAGAAAUCAUUAAAAUUCUACCGAGGAUUACGUUCGGAUCAACCACUUCCAGAGUCAAAUGCUUUGGAAUUUGAGGAGAUGAAGAAGCACGUUAGCCUCAGGAGUGAAAAAACUUCCAUAAGCCUUAAGGAUUUCAGUGAACCAACAACAAUUCUAGCCAUCAUUAUAAGCUUCGUAUUUAGUGGUACACUCAAUUUUGCCGGUGUUCGCAUUACCACAUCCUUUACGGAGACACUGAUAGAGGAUUCAGGGAUCCCAAUGAAUUUAUCAUUGGUGGACACAUCAAUAUCUUCUCUGCAAAUUGUUGGAUGCCUAACUUCAAUCUACAUUGCCCAACGAAUGAAAUUUCGUGCCUCUCUCAUUGCAUGCUACUGCCUGAGCUUCUUAGGACUCUUUGGCACAGGACUUCACUAUUUCUUCCAUCGAGCAGGAUACGAUUUAAGUUCCUCAACUUGGUCAUUUAUCAUUUUCCUCGCGAUUUCCGUUGUGUUGCCAUCAACGGGUAUUAACAACAUUACCCAGAGUGCAUCAGCAAUGAUUUUGCCAUUAAAAAUUCGCGGGAGUGUUCUUGGGACACUGAAUGUCCUACAACUUGUUCUGGCAACAAUUCUAAUGCAGUAUUAUUUAUAUCUCAGCGAAACAAUCGGGAAUUCCGUGAUCUUCACAGUUUUCAGUAUUUGGUGCCUUUUUGGGGCAAUUUUCACAUUCUUCUUUAUUCCCGAAGUAAAUAAUCUCGCUUAUGCUGAGAUUGUGGUGGCACUGAAUGAGAAACUAUCUCAGAGAUUUAAAAGUUUAUCCUAA